AAAAAAAAGAAGGAAAAAGAAAAACAAAAGCAAGCCAUUCCCAAUUACUUCUGUAACUAAAAAUACAAUCACUAGCUCUUACAGGGCAGACCAGCUGCCCAAGGAACUUGGGUCACCCACAUGGACGCCCAGCCCCGGGCAUCGCCCUGUGAGUUGUUUCCGAGUAGCCCAGUUUAUUUACCCGGCCGUCGAUACUGGGAAUGCAGAAGGUUCUCCACCGAUCUAAGAAGCCCCAGGUCUCUGGGACUGGGCGGACGAGGGAGGAGCCCCGCGGAUGGCCCUGCUUCCGGGUGUCUACACCCCGCCCCUGUGGGUGGGACCAGGCCUGGGACUGGCAUAAACUGCCGCAGGAUACCAUGAAGCAACUGCCCGUCUUGGAGCCUGGAGACAAGCCCAGGAAAGCAACAUGGUACACCUUGACUCCCCCUGGAGACAGCCCUUGUGCUCGAGUUGGCCACAGCUGCUCAUAUUUACCUCCAGUUGGUGACACUGGGAGAGGGAAGAUCUUCAUUGUCGGGGGAGCAAAUCCAAACCAAAGCUUCUCAGAUGUGCAUACCAUGGAUCUGGGAACACACCAAUGGGACUUGGCCACCUGGGAGGGCCUCUUGCCUCGCUAUGAACAUGCCAGCUUUGUUCCCUCGUGCACACCUGGCAGCAUCUGGGUAUUUGGAGGAGCUGACCAGUCAGGAAACCGAAAUUGUGUACAAGUCCUGAAUCCAGAAACCAAGACAUGGACCACGCCAGAAGUGACCAGCCCUCCACCGUCCCCAAGAACAUUCCACACAUCAGCAGCAGCCAUUGGAAACCAGCUGUAUGUCUUCGGGGGUGGAGAGAGAGGUGCUCAGCCCGUGCAGGACGAGAAACUGCACGUGUUUGAUGCAAACUCGCGGACCUGGUCACAGCCAGAGACACUUGGAAGUCCUCCAUCUCCCCGGCAUGGCCAUGUGAUGGUGGCAGCGGAGACGAAGCUCUUUGUCCAUGGAGGCCUGGCAGGGGACAAAUUCUUUGAUGAUCUCCACUGCAUUGACAUAAGUGACCUGAGGUGGCAGAAGCUUAGUCCCACAGGUGCUGCUCCGGUAGGCUGUGCUGCUCACUCAGCUGUGGCCGUGGGAAAACACGUGUAUGUCUUCGGAGGGAUGACUCCCACCAGGGCACUGGACACCAUGUACCAGUAUCACAUAGAAAAACAGCAUUGGACCUUACUUAAAUUUGACACUUCUCUACCUCCUGGACGACUGGACCAUUCCAUGUGUGUCAUUCCAUGGCCAGUGACAUCUACUGCUGAGGAAGAAGACUCAGAAUCUGUCAUACAGGAAGGACAUUCUGUUGACAGAGUGAUCCAGAGGGGUGACUUACAUGAGGAAAGUCACACUGACACGUUGCUCUGUUUUGUGUUUGGUGGGAUGAAUACAGAAGGGGAGAUCUAUGAUGAUUGUAUUGUGACUGUAAUUGACUAAUAAAAGCCACUUACUU